GAAGGAGCGGACAGGUGUUGGAGCGCAUCCUCUGAGUGGAUGGUGGGAGUUGACGCAACGCCAAGCCGUCAUAGGAUUUAGUCUCUCAGGGUGCAUAUUGGAGACUGAAGUUGUGCAUAAUUCUGCAGGACAGGAGCGAGGAGUUCAACUAAGGCUGCACGUGGAGCAGGUCACUGCAUACGUCUCUGAAAUGCAGCGGUGCUUCCCAGGAGCCUGUGAAGAGCUGACAGCCCAAACAGCAACCAGCAGAGCCGCCACCAUGAUACACAGUCCAGACUCUACACAGAUUGUCAAUCCCCGGCCCCCUGAGGUGAUCAGCCUCACCAAGCCAGGCCGCAACACCAACCAGCUGCAGUUCAUGAAGAACGUAGUGCUCAAGGCCCUGUGGCGGCACGAACAGGCCUGGCCUUUUUACCAGCCAGUCGAUGCCAUCAGACUUGGACUGCCUGACUAUUAUGAGAUAAUAAAGUCUCCUAUGGACUUGGGGACCAUCAAGAAGCGACUGGAGAACAACUACUACUGGAGUGCUACUGAAUGCAUGGAGGAUUUCAACACCAUGUUCACCAACUGCUACCAGUACAACAACCCAACAGAUGACAUAGUGAUGAUGGCCCUUUCCUUGGAGAUGGUGUUCUGGAAAAAAAUUGCCAAUAUCGCCCCAGGGGAGCGGGAGCUUUUGUCUCCUGCGCCCAAAGGCAAAAGCAAAAGAAAUAUCACACCAGGUGGACAAGAUGCAGCUGUGACAUCAUCAAUGCCACCUGUAUCUCAAACAGGCCUCAACUCCACAUAUUCAGCCCUCGACCAGUCACACCAGACCACCAUGAAAAAGAAAGGGCUGAAGAGGAAGGCCAAUGCAGUCACCUCUACGACCUCCAGCUUUAGUGGUACACCAGAGAGCCAGCCAAGGUGUGGAACGGUAGGCUGGGCUGCCAAAACUCUUAGGAAGAACUUUGGAGAAAGAGAGUUGGCCCAACAUGAAACCAACCUCGAUGGACUCAGUGAACAGCUGGAAUAUUGUGACGGUAUCCUGAAUGAAAUGCUGUCUAAGAAACAUGCAGCCUGUGCUCGGCCGUUUUAUGAGCCUGUUGAUGCUGAGGCUCUGGGGUUGUGUGAUUACCAUGACAUCAUCAAAUAUCCCAUGGACCUCAGCACUGUCAAAAAAAAAAUGGAUGGCCGAGAGUACCAGGAUGCACAAAGUUUUGCUGCAGAUGUCCGAUUAAUUUUCUCAAAUUGCUACAAAUAUAACUCUGCAGAUCACGAUCGCAUUGCUAGAGCCAGGAAGCUUCAGGCUGUGUUCGAGAAUAGGUUUGCAAACAUGCCAGAUGAACUUGUAGAUCCAUGCUCACCUGUGGGUUGCGGGGUCACUGGGAGCACAACCCCAACAGGAAGCAGUGGCAGCUCCAGCUUGGACAGCUCAGACACAGAAGUGGAGCAUGCCGCCAGACAUCCUGAGUUGCAGGAACACGGCAUCCAUACACAAGAUGCAGAAUUCCCUCGGGCCCAGAUGAGUAAACCAAAUAAGAACAUAGAGAAAAAACAGAAAAAGUACACCAAGAAUGUUAAAAAGGGAGCUUACAUCACCAACUCCAGGGAACCAAGGCAGGGAGCCAGCGGCUAUCAGUUGGAUGAGGAAUCUUUGCCUAUGACGUUCGACGAGAAGCUUCAGCUCAGUGUGGACAUACAUCUGUUACCCGGGGAAAAGCUACACCGUCUGGUGCGCAUCAUCCAAGCGCAUGAACCGUCACUGCCUGGCUCAAACUCUGAGAUUGAGAUUGACUUUGAGAAGCUCAGGCCUUCCACUCUUCGUGAACUGGAGCAAUUUGUCAAACAGUAUGUAUGUAAGAGGUCAAAGAAACAAGAAUGUGAGCACUGAGGCUUUGUAAUGCCUCCCACACAGUUUGAAUGUAAACAGAAUUUGUCCCCAUCGUCACAUGAUGUUCCAGCAAGUUUUGAUAACAACUACAUGAAGACUAAUAGUCCAUGAAGAUUCAGAGUGUCUACACUUUAGAUCAUAAAGUUUCAUCUGUAUCAGACACGAAACAGGUUUAUUCUUACCUUACAUGUUUCGGCGGUAUGCCUCCGCCUUCAUCAGAGGUGUUACUAGGUGGUGUGUGACGUGUCUUUAUCAGCUGAUGUUACACGUAGAGGCGUAGCCUACCUGUCAAAUUUGACAGGUCGGCCACGCCUCUUGCCGUCACUCUGCCGCUUGAGUACGCUGUCCCAGGUUGUGGAAAGCAUGUAGGCCCCCUCGUCCUGGUUCAUUGUUGUUUGCACUCGUUUUCUGAUCUCCACCGCCUCCAUUAUCCAUCGCUGCUGUUUGUUGUCUUGAGUGCGGAUGACUUUUGUUUUUUCCCAGUCCAUAAUGUGAUUCUCUCGUUUGCAGUGGUCUGUUAUUGACGAUUUUAAAUUCUCCUGCAGUGCUUUUUCUUUUAUUGCUCGUGUUUGUCUUUUCUCCGUCUCCUUUUUACACUCUUUUUGAUGUUCUUUUUUUUUGGGUGCUGAGUGAUCUUCCUGUUUCUCCUGUGUAGGUUUUGUUGCAUGAUUUGCAUGGUAUCUCAUAAAUUAUGUUGCAUUUGUGCUGUUGGUCUAUCUUGGAUAAUGGAUAAUGGAGGCAGUGGAGAUCAGAAAACGAGCGCAAACAACAAUGAACCGGGACGAGGGGGCCUACAUGCUUUCCACAACCUGGGACAGCGUACUCAAGCGGCAGAGUGACGGCUGAUGUUACUCUACGAGUAACAUCAGCUGAUAAAGACAAGUCACACACCACCUAGUGACACCUCUGAUGAAGGCGGAAGCAUAUCGCCGAAACAUGUAAGGUAAGAAUAAACCUGCUUCGUGUCUGAUACAGAUGAAACUUUAUGAUCUACAUGAAGACUGAGAUUGACAGGGACAAUAACACUACUCACCAAGGCAAUAUCCCUCAUAUAGCCCUUAUGUAUGUGUGUGUGGGCAUAUAUAUAUAUAUAUAUAUAUAUAUAUAUAUAUAUAUAUAUAUAUAUAUUUAUAUUGGGGGUGUAACAGUUCAACAGACCUACGGUUCGGUUCUUAUUGAGGUAUUUGGAUCACAAUUUUGAUUUCAGUUUGGUUUGGUUUGUACUUUAUGGAGGAAAAAUGUUACCAUUUCCAGUGUUCUCUGUAUUUUGUUUGGAGAAAAAAAAAAAAUCUGAGAUUUGAUAACACCAUACAAAAUCAACAAAUAUCCUUUCAAUUGCAAAAGUGCUACUUAGACUAUUUAAAACA